AUGGGCUUCGCAACCGGCUUUACCGGUGGCGUGACGCUCACCCUUUCGCUCGCCUACCUCUCCGUCCUCGCGCACCAGCGCAAUCGCGAAGCCCAAAGCAGAUCCAUUCGCACCCAGACGCUCAUGAUCCAGCAUCUCAUCGAUCCGAUCCCGCAGCCGCUUCCCCCUACGCGAUCCGAAGUCGCCGCCGCGCAGCGAGAAGCCGCUGUCGAGGUCGCCAAGAACCGAUGGAACUCGGAGGUUGAAAACGCCGUGCGCUGGGUGCAGCACACGGACUGGGACGAGGUGCGAGAGGGCUUGGAGAGCAGGAUUGCAUACCUAUACGCAAAGGCAACGGGCCAGUCUGUGGAGGAGGUGCUAAAGGCCAGGCGCUCUCUCGAGCCUGUCAAGAGGACGCAGCAGACGGGUGGCGAGAUUGCGGCUGCUACAAGAGGGGCUUUUGGUCAAGUCAAGGAAAAAGCAGAGGAGAUUGAGAUGAAUGCCGAGAACAGGGCUCUGGACGCGAGGCUGAGGAGUAAAAAGUUCAUUGAGGAGACCGCGGCGGAGGCAAAGGAGGUUGUCAGCACGACCCUGGAGAAGGGCCGGGAAAAGGCAAAGGAGGUUGUGGGCAUUGCCAAGACGGCUGUUGGCAUGGCUGAGGCGCAGGUGGAGGAGAUGGUGGGCGACAAGGCGAAGUCACAGUUGAGCCCUGUGCAAAAGGCUCUGAGACAACGAUACGAGAAGCCUUCAAAAGAGACGCGGACAACGGCAGAGAUUCUCAGGGAGAGGUAUAUUCCUAUGGACCAACGAGAUAACACCGUCCUGCGAGGAUUAUAA